AUGGACCCACGAACCCCCAGACCCGGCGCCAUGUCUCACCGCCCAGGGGUCAUUCGCACCACGCGCAGCAGCAAUGGCAUCUUCGGAGUGGGCGCACCCCCACCGGGCCCCGCGCCAGUCCCGGGCCCCUCAGAGGUGAUGCUAGCCCGCGGUUACCCCGCCACCUACCCCGCCUUGCUCAAGGUGGCGCAGAUGAUCUCCCUCCUCAUUGCCUUCAUCUGUGUGAAGAACUCCUUGUGGACUGACUAUAGCGCGUACGGCUACUUUGAAGUGGUCAUCAUGUGCGACCUGCUCAUCUUCUACCUGGUCCAUCUUUUCUGCAUCUACAGGGUGUUCACCUGUAUCAGUUGGCCACUGGCGGAACUUCUCCAUUACUUAAUUGGUACCAUCCUCCUGCUGAUUGCAUCCAUUGUGGCAGCGUCCAAGAGUUACCGCAUGGAGGGCCUCAUUGCCAGAGCGGUCUUCGGCUUUUUCUUGUGCACAGUGAGCAUCUGGUUAUCCUACAAGAUCUCAUGUAUAAACCAGGCCACAGCUGCAACUGUGUGA